GUGUGCCAUGGCACACAGGUAGAGGUCAGAUGACAAUCUGUGGGAGUCAGUUUUCUCUUUCUACCAUGUGGGUUACAGAGAUGGAACCUGGGCCAUCAGGCUUGGCAGCAAGCAUCUUUAAACACUGAGCCAUCUUAUCAUCGUGUGUGUGUGUGUGUGUGUGUGUGUGUGUGUGUGUAUAAGUAUUAUUUUAUUUUUUUGAGACAGGGUCUCAUGUAUCGCUUUGAACCCACUAGGUAGCCAAGGAUGACCUCCCAAGUGCCAGGUUUACAGGUGUAUGCCACCACACCUGGCCACUUUUUUAUUUUCUUUAGAGACACAAUCUCUUUCUGUACCUCGGUCUGGCCUCACACCUGUAACAAUUGUCCUGCCUCAGCCUCCCAUGAGCUAGGACGAUGGGUGUGAGCCACCGGCCCCAUUUGGGGCCUCUUGGGGCUCUGGUUCAGGAGCAGAUGGACAGAAUGUGUUUUGUACACCUGAGCUUAAGUCCUGGCCACAGCACCAGGAGCAGAGACGGCAGAACAAGGAGGGCUGAGGGUGGCUGAGGGUGUCGUUCAUGUCUCCCUGGAGCGGUUCCUCAGACGCAGCCGCUGGUGUCUGUUCUAGGACAGAUGCCCCGGUCAUUGUGUGGAACUAUGAUAUUUUUCACUCUGAUACAACUAAAAAAUAUCUCCAGAGACUGCCCAGAGCCCCCUGGAUGCAAAAGACACCCCACCUUGGGAAUGGCUGUACUGUCAAGGUGUGGGAAGGAGGUGUAUGUGAAAGGGUUGGAAAAGGUGGUAAGGGUCUGGGCUAGGAAUAUGGCUGAGCUGGGACAGUGCUUUCCCGGCAUACACGAGGUCCUGAGUUUACUCUGACUAUGGUGAUUGAGAGUUGUGCUGGGUAUAAUAGUCUGGGUUGGCAUCCGUGGUCUCUUAGUGUCUGCAUAACAGUUGUCCAGGACCUUCCGGCUUUCUAGUCUCUAUUGAGAAGUCUGAAGGUCCUGAGUUUGAUCCUCAGUACCAUGUAAAGUAGGCAUGGUUGGCACUCGCCUAUGACCCCAGCAUUCUGAAGGUGGAGGCAGGAGAAUCAGGAGGUGAAGGAUAUCGUCAGCUACUUUGUGAGUUGGAGGCCAGCCUGGGCUACGUGAGACCCUGACUCAGAUUUAAUCUAAAACAUGAAAUCUAGACCCUCCAGGUAUAUUCAAACUGCUCAGCCCACUCACCUGUUCCCAUUUCAACUCUCUCCAUCAACUCUGUGUUCCCUAAAGACUCUGAGUUCCCAAGAUAGCAUUUUCCAAGUUACCCUCUUCCUUGAUGACUCUUAGCAAAUGCCAUCCUCCAGGCCUGUCCUCACUACAGCACGGGACAAAGGAAGCCCAUACACUUGUGUGUCUUGGCACACAUGAGACGACCCCCCACACACACACACAGGGGAUACAUGGCAUGGGACUAGGACCCCAUCACUCUGGCAAUAGGUGCUGGUAAAGAGAGACACAAAGUGACUGUAUCCACACAAGGGCUUUGUGACAUCCAUGUCAUCCCGGCUUGCCUAUCUCAUGUCCUUGACCCAUGGUCAUGCCUAUUGUGAGUGAUGGGGGGAGAACCAAUGACAACACGCAGCUUGUUCUGCCUAGGGGGGUUCCUGGGCAAGCCGACUGUGCCAUAGUCACACUGUGUUUAUCGGUAUUCUUGGCCCAGCCAAUGGGACAAGAGAACUUUCUUGGUUGGGGAGGCCAGAGAAAGAAGCAGUCGGGUCGCAUGCCUGUGCAUGUGUUCGUGUGUGUGUGUGUGUGUGUGUGUGUGUGUGUGUGUGUGUGUGUGUGUACCCUUGUGGAUGUAUAGGCCUCUGCAUACCACCAGAGACAAGCCAGAGGCUCAGAGUGGAGCUGGAAGAGGUUUUAGAUAUAAGACCUCCUAGGUCUUAUAUCUAGGUCAUAGUAGUGAUGGUGGUAUUGAUGGUGAUAAUUAUGGUGGUGUUGAUGAUGAUGGUGGUGGUGAUGAUGGUGGUGGUGGUGAUAAUGAUGGGGAUGAUGAUGGUGGUGGUGGUGAUGAUGAGGGUGGUGGUGAUAAAUUGGGUGGCGAUGUUGUUGGUGGCGGUGAUGGUGGUGGUGGUGAUGAUGAUGGUGGUGAUGAUGGGGGUGUUGAUGGUAGUGUUGAUGAUGAUGGUGGUGGUAGUGGUGGUGGUAGUGAUGGUGAUAACGGUGGUGGUGAUGUCAGUAGUGAUUGCAGUGAUGGCGAUGAUGAAGGCUACUAACACACACAGGCUGCCUGUUCAGUUUCAAGUCUGUCACUUAACCCACACCCCCAUCUCCAAAGCCUGGCACGGAGGUGCUGGCAUCAUCCCUGUUUGCAAGUGAGCAAACAGAGUCUGUGGGAGGGCAAGGUUCUUGCUCAGAACUGCUGAUCUAGUAACAGUGGAGCCAGGACUUGAACCCAGUCCCCUGGGUCUUACCCAUCUGCCCGUUUAUAUGAAGAGUCCCUAGAGGAUGGCAGUAAGCAGCUCUGUCAAUCACAGGGUUGGGAGUCCUGCCCAAGUCCCGCCUCUUGCUAUGUCUGUGACCUGAGCCUCAUUUCCACUCUACAUAAACCUCUUUUACGGCUUGACACUAAUUUGGGGUUCGGUGGCUGAGUCCCAUUCUCCCCUCCCCCCUUCUUUCUAUUUUGAGACAAGAGCUCACUCUAGUCCAGGCUGGCCUCGGACUCAGUUCUCCUGCCUCCGUCUCUGCUGUUCAGGGGUCGCAAGUGUGAGCCACCAUGUGGCUGAGCUGUGGCUGUUUCUUGGCCACAUACUACGUGUCCAGCAACUGCCCAGCUUUUCUGUAGUUGUGGGAUGAACCCCCAGGGCCCCUGGCAAGGGCUCUUUAGUGCUACCCCCAUCCCCACGCCCAGGUCCUACAUGCCCUCGGGAGAUAAGUGUCUUACUUGCAAGUGAAGAAACCAGGAGGAAAGGGGAGGUGACAGAGUCAGAGGCCAGGAUGGAGACCAGGCCUGAAUGCCCUCCCCUGCCACUGCCCCAGCCUGGACCAGGGGGCGUGGCUUUUGGGGGCGUGGCCUGCCUGGGCCCUUAUUGGCUGCCCAGAGGUUCCUCCAGAGAAUAAAGCCCUGGAGCAGAGCGUCCUGCCAACCUUCUACUUUCCCAGGACACAGACACAAUCUACCCCUCGCUCGCUCUGACCAGCUCCUUCUGUGCCAGCCAUGGCAGCCCAGGAGCCCCUCCACGUGAAGACUCCGCUGCGUGACAGCAUGGCCCUGUCCAAAGUGGCUGGAACCAGUGUGUACCUAAAGAUGGACAGCUCCCAGCCCUCGGGUUCCUUCAAGAUCCGAGGCAUUGGGCACCUCUGCAAGACGAGGGCAGAACAAGGCUGUAAACAUUUUGUCUGUUCUUCAGCGGGCAAUGCGGGUAUGGCGACUGCCUACGCUGCCAGGAGGCUGGGCAUCCCAGCCACCAUCGUUGUACCCAACACCACACCUGCCCUCACCAUCGAGCGGCUCAAGGACGAAGGCGCCACCGUUGAAGUGGUGGGAGAGAUGUUGGAUGAGGCCAUCCAACUGGCCAAGGCUCUAGAAAAGAACAACCCAGGCUGGGUGUACAUCUCCCCCUUCGAUGACCCCCUUAUCUGGGAAGGCCACACUUCCAUCGUGAAGGAACUGAAGGAGACGCUGAGUGCCAAGCCUGGGGCCAUUGUGCUAUCAGUGGGUGGCGGAGGCCUGCUGUGUGGAGUGGUCCAGGGACUUCAAGAGGUGGGCUGGGAGGAUGUGCCCAUCAUUGCCAUGGAGACCUUCGGCGCCCACAGCUUCCAUGCAGCCACCAAGGAAGGAAAGCUGGUCACCCUGCCCAAGAUAACCAGUGUUGCCAAGGCCUUGGGUGUGAACACUGUGGCGGCACAGGCCCUGAAGCUGUUUUACGAACACCCCAUUUUCUCUGAGGUCAUCUCAGACCAGGAGGCUGUGGCCGCCAUCGAGAAGUUCGUGGAUGACGAGAAGAUCCUGGUGGAGCCUGCGUGUGGAGCGGCACUGGCCGCACUGUACAGUGGUGUGGUGUGCAGGCUGCAGGACGAGGGCCGGCUGCCAGCCCCACUGGCCUCGCUGGUCGUCAUCGUGUGUGGUGGCAGCAACAUCAGCCUGGCCCAGCUGCAGGCACUCAAGGUGCAGCUGGGCCUGAACGGGCUGCCCAAGUGACAUCCUGGCCUCCCCCCCAGUAAUGUGGGCAGGGGAUGCACCUGACAGUGGUCCCACCCUCCUUUACCCAUGUUUAUAACAUGCACUUUUUCAUUGUAAAUAAGUAAAUAUAUAUAUAUAUUUAUAAAGCAAAGACUUUUGAGUUUUGUUUGUUCUUGACAUGAGGUCUGUGUGCAGUCCAGGCCUCCUACUUUGGCUUCCAGCGUGCAUUGGUCACCCUGCCAUACCUGCCCUGGCUCCCAGAGGAGCAAUGCUCCCCACCCACAUGCUGGUGGCUUGGGUCUCCCACUGAACUAGUGUUAACAGUGGGGCCCACACAUUCAUCAACCUGGAGAGGGGACCACAGCUAUUCCGCAAAGAGAUCUGGGGUAGGGGCAAAGCAGCUGGGGGAUGCAUAGGCAAGGCCACCACAUUCUAACAUGAAGUCCUUACUGACAGGACAAGGAUAGCCGU